AUGGAUUUGUUAGGACCCCUCAACAUAGCCAUCUUGAGAUUGAUAUACCUCCACUUUACAUGCUUUUUAUGCUAUUCUUGUAACAUCCGUAGCCCAUUUUGUGGAGUUUUAAAAGUUGCGUCGGGCGACGCAAGUUAUUGGCUCGUUUUCCGCCAGUGGUUCCACAGGGGCUCCGGGAGUACCUCCAGUGGCAGAGGUGCAGCAGAGGGCUGCGGGUUUUGUUCAGCCGCAGGCUGUGGGUUUGAUGGUGCCGCCUAUCUGGAUAUGAUGGGGCACAUGCAGAGGAUUGGUACGCCGUACUUUAGGGCGGAGUUAGCCCAGAGGCGGCAGAUUAGUGGCGUUAGAGAUUGGAGCGGAAUUUCCAGUCUAUCAGUUGUCUGUUUAGUAUCAGUGGGCGGUUUUGAGUCCCACGUUUUAUUCGACUCUGGAGCAUCGAAUUGCUUCAUUACACCGGAGCGUGCCGAGAAGAGUGGCAUCCGGAGUAGCGCGGGCGAGAGCGCGGGCAUGGUCAAGGUGGCGGGAGGUGGAUUCUUGUCUACUUUGGGCCGUGCUAGAGGAGUCGAGAUCGAGAUUGCGGGGCAGUCAAUGCCAGCAGACUUAGUCAUCAGUCCGGUGGAGCUGUAUGACGUUAUUCUCGGGAUGGACUGGUUGUCACACUACAGAGUUCAUCUGGAUUGCUACAGAGGUAGAGUGGUCUUCGAGCGAGAUGCAGGGAGGUUGGUUUAUCAGGGAGUGAGACCGACUUCCGGGAGUAUUGUGAUAUCUGCUAUUCAGGCCGAGCAGUUGUUAGAGCGGGGCUGUGAGGCGUAUCUGGCGACGAUUUCUAUGUCUGAGUCAGGAGCUGGAGUUGUUAUGGGAGAUAUUGAGGUUGUCCAGGAUUUUGAGGAUGUCUUUCAGUCACUGAAGGGAUUACCACCAUCUCGGUCUGAUCCUUUCACGAUUGAGUUAGAGCCGGGGACAGCACCGAUAUCGAAGACGCCUUACAGGAUGGCGCCAGCUGAGUUGGCAGAGCUGAAGAAGCAGAUAGAGGACCUUUUGUCUUUCACCGUGUUUCACCGGGAGCACCGGUACCCACUCCCGAGGAUUGAUGAGUUGUUGGAUCAGUUGAGGGGUGCUACUUGGUUCUCCAAGAUUGACUUGGCAUCGGGGUAUCAUCAGAUCCCGAUAGAUGAGGCAGAUGUCAGGAAGACUGCUUUCAGGACGCGUUAUGGGCAUUUUGAGUUUGUGGUUAUGCCUUUCGGUUUGACUAACGCGCCGGCAGCCUUCAUGAGAUUGAUGAACGACGUGUUCAGGGAGUAUUUGGACGUGUUUGUCAUCAUUUUCAUUGAUGAUAUUCUGGUAUACUCGAGGAGUCAGGAGGAGCAUGCGACUCACUUGAGACCUAGUAGUGCCACCGAGAUCAGGAGUUUUCUGGGUUUGGCAGGAUACUACAGGAGGUUCGUCAAGGGGUUUGCUACCAUGGCGCAGCCGAUGACGAAGUUGACUGGGAAGGAUGUCCCGUUUGUUUGGUCAGCUGAGUGUGAGGAGAGCUUUAGUCAGCUCAAGGAGAUGUUGACUACUACACCAGUGUUGGCGUUACCCGAGCCAGGGAAGCCUUACAUGGUGUAUACAGAUGCUUCAGGCAUUGGUCUUGGUUGUGUGCUGAUGCAGGAGGGCAGAGUGAUAGCAUAUGCUUCGAGACAGUGGCAGGGCAGUGAGACAGUACAGGUCUUCACGGAUCACAAGAGUUUGCAGCAUAUCUUCACUCAGCCGAUGAUGAACGCGAGACAGACGCGCUGGGUUGAGUUCUUGGCGGACUAUCAGGUGAGCAUUAACUACCAUCCGGGCAAGGCUAACCUAGUGGCGGACGCGUUGAGUAGACGGAGGUAUGAUUCCGCAGUUGAGCGAGAUGUGGAGUCUCUGGUUGGCGAGAUCAGUACCUUGCGUUUGUGUGCCAUUUCGCAGGAGCCUUUGGGUUUAGAGGCAGUGGAUCAGGCGGAUCUACUUAGCAGGAUCAGAGUUGCUCAGCAGAGUGAUCAGAGUUUGCUGGAUGCGACGAGAGUGACUGGUUCUGAGUAUGAGGUCUCUGCGAAUGGGACUAUCUUGGUUCGUGGGCGAGUUUGUGUGCCUAAGGAUGUGGAGUUGAGACAUCAGAUUUUGGGAGAGGCUCAUGCGAGCAAGUUUUCCAUUCAUCCAGCGACCAAGAUGUACCAUGACCUCAAGAGGUACUAUCAUUGGGUCGGGAUGAAGAGGGAUGUAGCAGACUGGGUUGCGAAGUGCAACACUUGUGCCUUGGUGAAGGCAGAGCAUCAGGUUCCGGGUGGUCUUUUGCAGAGUUUACCCAUUCCAGAGUGGAAGUGGGACAGGAUUACGAUGGAUUUCGUGGUUGGACUACCUGUUUCGAGGACUUUCGAUGCUAUUGGGUGA